CUUUGUGUGCGCCGCAUUAUACACCUCACAUUUCGGAUGAAAAUCGUCUUCCGAAAUUUAAGAAAGCGAUUCUUAAGUUAAGCAAUAAUUCUUCGUUUUUCCGACGUCAUGGAGUGAAUAGCUGUGAAUAUCCCUGUCAGCCAUGGCUACUGCUGGAGCUAGCAUCUGCACAGACCAUAGCGACUCUGUAGAGCUGUACAAGGCUGGAGGUCUGUACCUGAAACCCAUCGCCCGGGUGAAUGUAUGUGUGCAGUUACCUCCCCUGAAAGAGGCCGGAAAGUCCAUCUCAAACUGGGAGGUCAUGGAAAGGAUUAAAACAAUGAUAAAGCCACAUUCAUUUAUAUCAUUAAGAAUUAUCAAAAGUACUAUGGAAUUCAUACGCUUUGAAGGUGAAACAGAAAACAAAGACUCCAUUGGAACAAUCAUGCAAAGACUGGAAGGGAAAUCCAUAAAACUAAGUGGCUUUCAUGAACAGUUGAAGGUGAAAGCUGGCGAAGCAAAGAUAGUGUUUCCAACGCGCCAUGACUGGGAUUCAUAUUUCAGGGAUGCAAAAAGUAUGAACGAAAUGAAGCCUGGUGAGCGACCAGACACCAUUCAUAUUCGGGACAUUCCUACCAGAUGGUUUGCAUCUAGUAAAGACAAGAGCAAACCAAGUGAGGAAUACUUAAAGAAAGUGUUCACUCAGUUUGGGGAAAUUCGUUGUGUCGACAUUCCAAUGCUUGACCCGUAUAGGAAGGAGAUGACUGGUUUAGUCAAAGUUGGUUCGAUAAAUACAUUUACUUUUGGACAGGAUCUAGUCUUUGAUGCCUACAUUCAGUUUAAAGAGUACAUUGGGUUUGUUAAAGCCAUGGAUAGUCUCAGAGGGAUGAAGCUACUCUACAUGGAUGAGGAAGAGAAAUGUGCUGUGGCAGCUAUCAGGGUGGACUUUGAUAAGACCAAGCAUCUCACAGACAAAUCAAUCCGCCGCCGCCGGUUGGAUCGAGAACGACUGGAGGAAUUGGAGCAUGAACGUGAAGAAAGGGUCAGAAAGGAAAGAGAGGAACAGGAGCGGAAGUUAGCAGAAGAGGCGAGGUUAAAGACCGAAGAAGAGGAGGAGAGAGACAGGAAACGGCAGGAAAAGCUGCAGAGACGUGAAGAAAGACAAAAAGAGAGAGAGGAGAAAAGGAAGCAGAAGCAACAGGAGAAGAAAAGACUGGAGGAAGAGGAAAGAAUUCAGCACAAAAUUGCCCUAGAGGAAAGGAAGUUUCUGCUGGCUCAGAGGAGGCUCGAGUCUUUGAGACUUAUGAAAGAACUUUUUGAAAGAGUCAAGGUUAUUAAAAUGAGGGAAGAUGUUGAACGGCGAGAAAAGGAAUUGGAAGAGCAAAGACAGAGGGAGGUGGAGGAGGAAAGGAAGCGGCAAGAGGAGGCAGAGAGGCAGAGAAGAGAGCAGCUGAAAAGGAAGAAGGAAAUACUUGUGAGACAGGAGCAUGAACUACGAGAGAAAAUACUCAAGAAUUUUAAAUCAAUGGAGGAACACAAACAGGAGGAAAUGCGUGAAACGUUGAGAAAGAAAUUGUCUGGAAGGACAAAGCUGAAGUCAGCAGUGGUGAUGAAGAGAUGACUACAGGAAGUUGUGGCAGAACGGCCGGCUGAACCUGACAUAACCAGUGAGCUUCCGUAUGUGAUAGACACCAAGUUGGUGAGGAAACUCUCAGAAUGUGAACGCCUUGAAGAGGAUUCCAAUUGACUGGAGGUCAUAUUUCAGUGAGAGGUUUCACUCAUGUGUCUUAGCAAUGGCUCGGAUAGACAGGGACUUGUUCUCAGAAGUUU